GACGUUUUAUUAUUGUUUUCAUUAAAUAAAUUCAUGAACACCACAAAAUUUUGUUUGACUAAAAUCGAUUUUAAAUUAAUUAAUUACUUAAAUUAAAUUAAAAUAAAAAAAAAUCAUGAGUAUCGGCAGAACGACGGUUCCCCUACAUACAAUGGAUCUGGAGUUAAGCUCGGAAGCUCUUAUUGGGUCGUUGUUCGCCUUAGCUGCUUUAUUUGCAUUCUGCAGAAGUCUCCUGAUCGAAGACGUAAUAUGUAUUCCAAGAAAAUCUCGUCAUAGUUGGAAAUCGAUUCGAAUAUUAGACCGGUCAUGUUUUUGUAGUAUAUGCGAGAUUCUUUUACAAUCAUCAACUGGACACUUCUGCGAUUGUUGUGGAAUAUUUGCAGACGCCACAUGCACAAAGAAGGCUGACAAUGAAUUCAAAUGCAAAGAGAAAUGGCUGAAGAAUGAAAAAUCGAUGAAACAUUUGUGGGUCAGAGGCAAUCUCCCGCUUAAUUGUGAAUGUGAUGCAUGCAAAGAUGGCAUCGACUACCAGGCUGAGGCGGGGUUGUUUGGUUAUCGUUGCUGUUGGUGUCAGAGAGCUUAUCACAAUAACUGCUUUAAACGUGUUGACCUGAAGGCAGAAUGCGAUUUGGGUGAAUUCAAAGACCUGAUAUUCCCCUCCUAUUGUAUUGAAGCUGCCCGUACUAGAGAAUCAGUGCGAUUGCACCUGACGGGCAUAAAACCGCCCGAAAUUGAAAAUUGGGCACCUCUGAUUGUGAUCGCAAAUACAAAAUCUGGCAGUAGCACCGGUUCGGAUGUGGUGUCGCUGUUGAAAGGAUACUUGCAUCCAUUGCAAGUUAUGGAGUUAGGCAGUCGCGGACCACAGGAUGCCUUGCAAUGGGCUGCCAAAUCCAGCCCUAGACCGUGUCGAAUUUUAGUAGCUGGUGGAGAUGGAACUGUUGGUUGGGUUCUGAACACUAUUUACAUGUUAAACAUUAAGCCAAUUCCCUCGAUUGCAAUAUUGCCCCUUGGAACCGGCAAUGAUCUAUCGCGAGUUUUAGGUUGGGGAGCGCAGCCACCUUCUGAACUUGAACCCAGAAAAAUACUGCGUGAUAUUCAAAGUGCCAAAUCUAUUAACAUGGAUCGUUUUGAUCUAAAAAUUGAAACUUUUGGAUAUCGUCUGCCAAUUAAACGAUCUCCAAUAAAAACUGUCUAUGUCUACAAUUACUUCAGCAUCGGAGUAGAUGCACUUGUUACAUUAGGCUUUCACGAAACUCGUGAAUCUCGGUUUUACGUCCUAAGUAGUCGAAUAUUUAAUAAAUUUAUUUAUUUUGGUUAUGGAACACAACAAAUAAUUCAGCGUGAUUGUGAAAGAAUUGAGCAAAAACUUGAUCUCUACUUGGAUAAUAAACUUAUCGAUUUGCCUGAGCUGCAAUCAAUUGUGUUCCUAAAUAUUGACUCGUGGGGAGCUGGUUGUAAACUUUGUGAAAUAAGCAACGCAGAUUCCAACGUCAAAAUAAUCAAUUCCAUCUCGGAUGGUGUUAUGGAAGUUUUUGGUAUAGUCUCCUCGUUUCAUAUGGCUCAACUACAGUGUGGUAUUAGCAAACCAGUUCGUAUAGGUCAAGCAAAACAAAUCAAAAUUCACUUGAAAGAAACAUGUCCAAUGCAAGCAGAUGGUGAACCAUGGAAACAGGGACCUUGUGAUAUUUUACUUCAAUCAAGAAGCCAAGUCCGAAUGUUAAAAUACAAUACAAGCCAAACUAAGAAAUUAACUUCCACCGUUUGAAAUUAAAUUAUUUGUUUUUGUUUUCUUUUUGUGUUUAAGAAUUAUUGUUAUAUUUUCUUUGUCAAUGUCUUCUGUGUAAGGUACUUAAAUGUUUGUUUUGUUUUUAUUUAUUGUUGUAAGGGUUAACUCAAUAACUUAUUUCACUCCUAGAUUUUGUAUUAAUAACGCAACGUAGGGCAUUAUUUCUUAUAUAUAUAUAAAUGUGUAUUGUAAAUCUUUUCAUGUUUUUUUUUAAACUUAUGAGUCUCGAUUAAUUUAUAUGAAAAUAUAUAAAAUCUUACGUGAAAUUAGCUAUCAAUGAA